AUGGCGGUCAAGCCGCGUCUCGUCUUCCCGCUCCUCGCCUGCGCGCUGCUUCUCGCAUGCGCGCUCCUUGCGCCUUCCGCCUCCGCCUCCCGCCGCGUCCUCCAGCAGGACAUCGGGGAUGACUACGUCGAGCGCGUACGGGACGCGGCGGACGAGGAUUACGGCACAGAUGCCGACGCGGCCUCCGGCGUGGUGGCCUCCGGGGCCGUCGGCUUCGGUGACGCCGGGGCUGGCAGAAUGAACCUCCCGCCGGGCUUCCCCGGCGCAGCGGGCGGCGCAACCCCGGGGAACCCGGGGAGCGCGGGCAACGGUCCCGCGACCAACCCCGGUGCCGGCCCAGCGACCAACCCUGGUGCCAGCCCCGCGACCAACCCCGGUGCCGGCCCCGCGACCGACGAGCCGGAUGAAUCCGAGGGAGAGGCGGUAGACGACCUGACCGACUCCGCCACCCCCGCCACCCCCGCCACUCCCGCCACUCCCGCCACUCCCGCCACGCCCGCGCCCGUCAAUCUCCCCGCCGAUUUCGAAUCCCCAAUCAGCGCGCUGUUCGAUAUGACGCUGGAGGGGGCGGACAUGGAGCUUGCGCGCACGCUCACGCCGCAGCCUGUCCCCGCGGACGCGCCCGCGGAGGUGAAGAACUUCGUCGCGGGGAUGGAGGGGGCGGCGGCGGCGGUGGGGGCGGGGGCGGGGGCGCCUGGGCGCAAGCUCCAAGGCGUGCCAGAGUGGAAGCGCAAAACCAACAACACGACGCCCUUCGGGUUCUACCCGUAUGACACCCCCAAGUUCCACCCCUUGUUCGGUAUUUCUGUGAAGGCCAAGAACGGCACAUGGUACACAUACGUGAAGCGAGGCGUGCAGUGGCUGGGCACCUAUGACUGGGCCACGGGCUACUGGACCUGCCGGUUCACGGCGCCUCACCCCAGGAACGGCUUUAACUGCGCAGCGGACCCUACCUGCCCGGGCUGCCCUCGCUGCCGCGGCUGGCGCUGCUUCCGCAACAUGCAUCUGCCCACCUACGGCUCCCCCAAUGGCCAAACGUACGCGUCGAGCCUCAUGGCUGCCGCUCAACGCCCCAAGGAGUACGGAGUGUGCCGCUAUGCCGGCCAGCCCAACGCAACGUGCACGUUCGACCCGGACACGGGCAAGGGCAUUGGCCUCAUUGUCCCGGGCCUUAACCUUACACCCUUUGCGCCCAAGAAACCCUAA